UAUGCUGAUGUAUUUGCAGAACCCGAGACGGAGGAUGUCUCUUUAGAGUGUGGACCAACACCUUGCUUUGAGCCCGUGUCCUCGCUGCCAGAAUUGGUGUUGUCGUUAGAUUUGUGCGAGAAUGGACAGAGCUGUUCUCUUUCCUCGUUUGCUGUAACGGAGGACAACAACAUCCUCGGCAUGGACCAGUACGAAAAUAGAGUUGUUCUGUAUUCUGGACAAGACGGUUCCAUAUUAAACACAUACAACUUUGAAUUUGAACUUGAAGAACUCGCCUAUCAAGAUCACGGAACCUUUUUCAUAGGACACACCCCUCGUAAUGACCGCACAAUCUACAAAUAUAAUGCAUCAUCAGGACAACUUACAGAAAUUUUGUCCAUUCGGAAUGGAAUGUCAUCGUACGGAAUGGAAUUCCUUGAUGGAAUGUUGUUCGUUGGUGGACAAUAUGGCGGCGGGAUGCAUGUUUAUUUAUUAGGUCAGCCUAAUGCUCGCGUUGUUGAGAUCUACUCUCACAUCACUAACUAUGACCAGUAUCAUAGUGUAUAUCUAUGUACCACAGAACUCGGAUCUAAAUACGGACUGUUUACUGGACGAAUGGUCAGAAAUGAAAUGGUCCUGAUUACAUCAACGGGAGAGAGGAUAUGCUCGAUAAAGCCAGAUUAUGAAUAUCAGUCGAUACGAUGUGGUGUUGUGAGCAGGGAAGGCACUUUCUACCUCCCUGGAGAAAGAAUGAUCGUUCGGUACAAUACCAGGUGCGAGCCCACUGGAAUGUUCCCCAUCCUUGAUGUGGAUUAUUAUGUAUCAGGACUGGACAUACAAAAUGGCAAACUGUAUGUUCAUAAACAAAAUGGAAGAUUUGAUGUUUUUCAAAUCUAG